GAAAAGCUUGAGGUUAGUUUAACAGUUACAGCUGCUAAAGUCGCGUUCCAACGUUAACAUCUAUCACCUAUUUUAACGUAUAUUUUAACAGUGAUUUUUACUAGUGUGAUAAUCGGUGCGAAUAAAACAAAAAAAAAAGCGAAAACUUUUUUUUAAGUUUUUCUUUUAGUGUCGAAAACUGUUCAACUGUCAAAGUGUUGGGUGUGGGAGAAAUAGUGCCUGGCAUGACAGUUCAGGACGAUCCAAAGGUCAUGCCUCAAACAGCAGCUACUAGAUCACGUUUUAUGAUAACGGACAUCUUGAGUGGACCUGCUGACGGGGCUGCGAUUAUUAGGGGAAGAUCACCUAGUCCGGGGCCUAGGGAUUUAUCAUUACACUCGAAUCCCAUACACGACAGUGAUACGGAUAGUUCUGGUCAUCCGGAUACAUCCAGUAUUUGUUCGAACGGUCAAAAUGGUGACGAUUCCUUAUCUAAAAACGGUGCAAUAAGUAAAAAACAGAGAAAAGCGCGGACGGCUUUCACGGAUCUUCAAUUACAAACGUUAGAAAAAAGUUUCGAAAGACAAAAAUACCUUAGCGUUCAAGAUAGGAUGGAAUUGGCGGCGAAACUCAGUUUAACCGACACACAAGUAAAAACCUGGUACCAAAAUCGACGAACGAAAUGGAAACGUCAAACAGCCGUCGGUUUGGAACUUUUAGCUGAAGCCGGGAAUUACGCGGCCUUUCAAAGGUUAUACGGAGCCCCGGCUUACGGUUGUUGGUAUCCACCUCAAACGGCAGGUCCUACCGCUGCACCUAGUGCAGCGGACCUUUACUAUAGACAAGCGGCUGCGGCGGCGGCCGCAACCUUACAAAAACCUCUACCCUAUCGACUGUAUCCUCCAAGUAUGGGCUUAGGCAUACCCGGACCCAGUGCUCACAUAGGUUCGUUGGCGGCUAGUAGUUCUCUGAGUACACUUAGUAGUUAUUAUUCGAGUCCUACGCCGGAGGGUCCUUCUCCCAGAUCACCGAGUCCUGACACACCUCUGGAUCCAGGUUCGCCCGGUACGGCGGGAAGAAGAUCCCCUUCGGAAGACGAAGAUACCAUACAUGUGUAAAGGUGACGAAAAAAUUUGUGAUAUAACUUGUAUUAUAGCUAAAUUACUGUUAAUUUAUUUUUGGCGCUUUUUCGAUGUUGUGUAGGAAAGUGGAGCGCAUUCAGUACGAACGAAAAUUUUGUAAUUAAUAGCGAAAAUGUCGUCGUUUAUUGUAUAAAAGAAACCAGUGGCCAGUGUAGUUAAAACUCAACAUAUUCCAAUUUAAACUGAAUCAAUGAAAAUAAAACUGGAAUUAACUCGAAAUAAAA